AUGUCGUUGGGUACCUUGUAUGCAAACUCUAGAAUCAGAUGCCGUGUCCCCAAGGGACUCGUUCAGCAUCUGAAGCUUGACGUGAAGAUCGUUGCUCCAGAAGACGACAAAGUAACUUUCGAGAAAAAGUUCCCUUUGGACAGGGUUCCCGAUUUCGUGGGUGCCGAUGGUUUCAAGCUCACUGAGUGCAUUGCCAUCAUGUACUAUUUGGUGGAAUCCAGUGGUAAAGGGAAAGUCAUUUCCAAGCUUUUGGGUGAGACCCUUCAGGACAGAAGCCAGAUUUUGCGCUGGUUAUCGUUCUCCAACUCGGAACUAUUGCCUCAAACGGUCAAUGUGUUCAGACCCUUGCUAGGUCUUUCACCUUAUAACAAGAAGUCCGUUGACGAGGCCUGGCAAAGAGUUAACGUCAUCACCAAUGAGUACGAAAAGAGACUCUCGGAAUACACGUAUUUGGCAACCGAAGAGCUUUCGCUCGCGGACCUGUUUUCUGCUGCCGCGUUCUCCAGAGGUUUUGAGCACAUCUUCACCCCUGAAUGGAGAUCUCAGCACUCUGCGAUCAUGAGAUGGUUUAGGACCGUCAUCGCUUCGCCAUACUUGAAGUCCUUUUAUGCAGACUUCAAGUAUGCUGAAAAGGCUUUGGAACCUCCCCAAAACAAGAAGAAAGAAGCUAAGAGAGAGGCUAAGAAGGAGUCCAAAAAGGAACCCGUUGCUGCUUCUAAGAAGCCUGCUGCUGAGGCUCCCGCUGCCCCAAAGCACCCACUGCAGUUGCUUAGCAAGCCCACCUUUGUUCUAGAUGAGUGGAAGAGGAAAUACUCUAACGAGGACACCAGACCCGUCGCUCUGCCUUGGUUCUGGGAGCAUUACAACCCGGAGGAGUACUCUCUGUGGAAAGUUUGCUACAAGUACAAUGACGAAUUGACCUUGACCUUCAUGUCUAACAACUUGGUUGGCGGUUUCUUCAACAGACUGAGUGCCUCUACAAAGUACAUGUUCGGAUGCCUCGUCGUCUACGGUGAAAAUAACGACAACGGUAUCGCUGGUGCUAUCAUGGUCAGAGGCCAAGACCACGUGGCCGCUUUUGACGUUGCUCCAGACUGGGAGUCUUACGAGUACUCUAAGCUAGACCCAUCUAACGAGAAGGACAAGGAGUUCGUCAACGACAUGUGGGCUUGGGACAAACCAGUCGAAAUCGACGGCAAACCAAGAGAAAUCGCAGAUGGUAAAGUUUUGAAAUAA